AUAAAAGGGCGACGCAUUAGUUGUGGCAUGCUCAUUCCCGAAGUCGCAUCGCGUGGUAGCUCGAGCUCGCCGAAAUGUCGAAGCGAGGGCGCGGAGGAUCGGCUGGGAACAAGUUCCGGAUGUCGCUUGGUCUUCCUGUGGCCGCGACGGUGAACUGCGCCGACAACACGGGGGCGAAGAACCUAUACAUCAUCUCCGUCAAGGGGAUCAAGGGCCGCCUCAACCGCCUGCCCUCCGCCUGCGUUGGGGACAUGGUCAUGGCUACUGUCAAGAAGGGGAAGCCCGAUCUCCGGAAGAAGGUCAUGCCCGCUGUCAUCGUCCGCCAGCGCAAGCCCUGGCGCCGAAAGGACGGCGUGUACAUGUACUUUGAAGAUAAUGCUGGAGUGAUUGUAAAUCCAAAGGGAGAAAUGAAAGGAUCUGCUAUUACGGGACCCAUCGGGAAGGAAUGUGCAGACCUGUGGCCAAGGAUUGCUAGUGCAGCCAAUGCUAUUGUGUAAUCUCAUGGUGCUUGAGAUCAAUAAAAUAGAUUUUGAAUUGUGAUUAGCUGUUUUAAGAAAGAGUUGGAUGGCAGUCUCAUCUUAGUUUUUUGGUUAUUGGUUUAUUAGCCAAUGUUUACUAGAGUUUCUUCACCUUGUGCAUUCGAUGAUCUGACAACUACUGUGAUCCAUUUCAAUUUUGGUCAGUCUCUUUCCACUGUUCUGAGUUGUGAGUGAACGAAAGUCUGAUUUGUGGUGUGAUAACAGGAAUUUAUGACGUGCCUGCGUGCAU